AUGUUUGGCCAACAGAACCAGCAACAAACUCCGGGAGGAUUAUUUGGGGCUAGGCCUCAGCUUGGACAGAGUACUGGAGGCUUUUCGUUUGGUGCGCCAACUGUUGCAGGAGCUGCCAGUUCGGCUCCCGCGACUGGUGGAUUCACUUUUUCGGCAGCGACACAGCAACCAGGUGAUUUCAGAUUAUUUUAAUUUGACCUAUGCUUUUUCGCAAUUUAAGCUACCUUUGGUGUAAAUAUUUGCACGUUACAAGCUAAUCCGGCAACGGAAGAUCAGAACACGUUCUAUCGGGAUCCAAAAACUGUAGGUAAAAUUGAUUAGCUGGCCGGUCACCGAGGAAUUAACUGGAACUAGUGGGCUAUUAAAGCUCAGCUAAGGCAAAACUAAAUCAUUAGUUGCUAAGGUAGAAUUUCGUUGCACAAAAUGAAAACAAAUUAUUGUUUUAGUGUGGUUUAUUUGAGGUAAAUCUGUAUUCAGGUUUUCUAAUUAAGACAGGAAGUGAAUGAUCUGGAUCAGAUCGGACUUAGCUCUCUUCCCAUUUUCGCCAUAUCUUUCAAAGCUGGCCAAAAGGAGCAAUUUUUGGACUUGUAACUUUCUGGAAACUUGACAAAUUUUGUGUCGUUGGCAAGCUGCAAUUCACUUCAUUAACUACACUUUAGAUGUUAAUCACUAUCAGGGGUUUAAAAUAAAGUUGCCUGAAAGUUAUCCUGCCGGAAGUAUUUCACCCGAAAUUUUUAGUUGAGUCGCCUGAAAUACUGAGUUUUGUCACCCACAAUUUUAUUAUGCUCAACAAAAUCCUAACACGUUUAUUGUGCUUGUGUUGUUUCAUCAAAUCUUAAAGAGUGAGAUACAUUACUCAUUUACCGCAUUUGUUUCAUUUCAUGAAGGUUUAAAGGACGAGAUAUUUAUCCUGCUUGUUUUGUCUCAUCAUCACUUACAGAACGAGAUAUAUUAUUCAUUUAUUGCAUUUGUUUCACUUCAUCAAGGCUGAAAGAAUGAGAUAUUUUUUUUUAUCUUGCUUGUUUUGUCUCUUCAUCACUUAAAUAAGGAGAUAUGUUUCAUAUUAAUCCCACUUGUUUCUUCUCAUUAUUAUACAUUGUACAGGGUGACCGCCACAUACAGGGCCUUUACAUUGUAUUAUACCAGGUUUGAAUGUAAACGCUCUCUCCUGUUUCAAUAAAUGCACAUAGCUGUUAACCACCAGAAUGAAAAAGCAUUCUAACACUGUCUUUUACCAGCCUCUACAGGGUUUUCUUUUGGUGGAGGUGGUACGUCAGCUGCAGCAACACCAGGCGCAAAACCAGGGUUCAAUUUUGGCACACCCCAAAGAAGCACAGGAGGGGUGUCCUUUGGUACAGCACCGGCAGCCACAGGGGGGUUAUCGUUUGGUUCAACGCCUUCUACUCAGACAGGUGGAUUUAACUUUGGUGGCAGCAGUACUGGUGGCCUUCAGUUUGGUAAGCCUGUGGCAACGGUAGCAUCUACACCACAAACUGGAGGACUCACAUUGGGUUCUGGAACCUCAACAGGCUUUUCUUUCAAUGCUGCCGGAACUCCUUCAACAAAGCCAGCUGGUACUACUAUUAAUGAUUGAGUGUAUUCUUUAAAUAUAGUUGAAUCUACGUUUUACAAUACAGGGCAGGGUUACGGUUCAAGUUGACCCCUCCUGUUUUUUGGUAACAGAAAAUAUUAUUGAUAGAAGUGGUUAGAGGUUGUAAGGAUUUUGCCAUGUCAUUAUAUUUAGCAGUAAGGUUGGCCAUUGUUGUUUAGUGCGUGGCCUUCUGUCUGAAUAGGCAUGAGGUCAAUUCCCAGGUGUCAUCGGCCUUGUUUCAACUUCUUUGAAUAGCUUUACAUACCAUGUACACAUGAAAGGGAACACUGUUGGAUGGAGGGGGUAAAAUUAGAGAACCAUCAGCCUCAGACAUAAAGUUAAGGACCCUUACCCUUUUAAUUCUCUAUUUAGAUAUAAAGGAUAUGCCUAAGUGGCAUUUAAAUGUUAUAUUUCUUAAGACAUGUACAUGUAUGUAACAAGGUGAACACCCUUUUCUUUAGAUAACAAGAAUCCUAAUUUCAGGUAUUGCAUGUCUUCUGUCACCUACUGAUCUCUGUGCUAUUUUCAUGAUCCCAGCUACAGGAUUUUCAUUUGGGAGCUCUGCUCCUGCUCCCACAUUGGGUGGUACCACUGCUUCUGCUGGUACUGGUACUUCUUCCUUCACUGGUGGCCUUACACUCGGCAAACCAACAGCAGCAACUGGGUUUAAUUUUGGUGCUGCAACUUCUCAGCCCACUGGAGGUUUAAGUUUGGGAUUAGGGACUCCAAAAACUCAAGCAGGUGGCUUAACACUGGGAACUGCACCAUCACAAGGAUUUACACUGGGUGGAAACAAACUAGCAGCUCCUGCUGUGACAACUGCAACACCUGCAUUUGCUUUUGGUUCAGGAACUGCCACUGCUGCAACUACAUCAGCCACUACUGGGUUUACACUAGGUGGCACUACUUCUGGUCUUACCCUGGGAGCUGCGUCCACGACGACACCUUCUGGUGGGCUCACUCUGGGUGGUGGGACCAGGUUAGGUGGAGCUGCAGUUCCUACUAGUUCUGCUGCUCCUGGACUUUCUCUUGCCUUUUCAGCACCAAUAACCAGCACUUCUGCCUCAGGGUUAGGGUUAUUGUCGGGAUUAGCCAAAACCACAAGUGCUCCCACUGCAAGUACUACAGCUACAACUCUGACACUUGGUGCAAGUGCCACAGCAGUAAGUUCAACAGCGCCUGGGCUUUCUAUAACUGGGACAGGAGGGCUCAAAUUUGGCACAACACCAAUAACAACAUUAUCAACUGCAACAACAACAGGUCAGCAUUUUUACUACAAGUACACCUGGGUGGUUUCCAGGAAAAAUUGAAGUGUUUAACCUAUAAUUAAGGCAAAUUUAACCAACAAAGUUUCCUGUCUAGGAACAUGUAACUGGAAGUGAGGAAGUAUUAUUGAGUCUUAACUCAAGAAGCAGCUAUGACGACACAAAAUGAUAAUUUAAUCUAUCUCCUGGAAAUUUAAUGAAAUCUAGGAUAAAAUUUUAAUCCUGGAUUAGCGCUAAUCGGUCUUUCAGGAACUGGGCUCUGUACAUCUCUCGUCACAUACACUGUACUUAAAUGGUUCAGCUUUAGGUGGCUAUCAUGAUGUUUCCAAAGAAACUUGCACACCACUUGAAUUUUUUGUAAAUGUAUGACUUGAAUGUAUUCAGUGUUUCUUCUUAUUGUUAUUUUUUUAGUGGCUGCAAGACCUGGGACAAUAGCAAGCACAGCAAGGUAACAACUGCCAACCAUUAAAGUCUUCAUUCAACACACAUUCAUUGUUGCUGUUGUCCAUGUGGUUCUUAAUAGUACCUGUGAAAAAUCAAAACAGUUCUUUGUAUUAUAAUUUUUAUUACAUCUAAACAGGGUUGUCACUAAGAUUUCAAGUUGCCGGGUAAACACAACAAGUAGACGGGGAAUCAAACGGCUAGGGAUUUCUUUUGGUUCUAUUUUUCUUCUAUUUUCCAAUAAAAGUAGCCGGGGGCCACUCUCUUAGUAGCCGGGGAAAAUCCCCGGCCCCCGGCUCUUAAUGACAACCCUGUCUAAAAUACAUGUGCUCAUCAAAUCAAAUUCAAUAGCACAAGCAUGCUCCCCUAAAGCCAACUGUCAGCUGACAGAAUACCAACAGUUUACUGACAGUUGACCGACAGUAAACUGACAUUGGAAAAAAAAGUGGAAUGAUAUUGUCACUCAGACCUUACCUUGUAUUAUGUUAGAAUCAGUCGCAUUAAGUCUCCAAAAAAUUGAGUAAGGAUACUCAUAGGUGAAUUUGACUGAUAAUGUUCUUCAUGAAGGUGACAAACAAUUUUUAAAAGAAUGAUCCAAAGGCUAAAUAAAGAGAAUAGCCACCAGGAAAACGCUUUACUGAGCACGUGGAGGGUAUGCAAGCAAGGUUGACUGCACUUGAGCCAAAUGACUGACCGCUGACCACGCCCACGCUCCUUGUUGUUAACUGUGUUAUAAUUUAUUUAACUUCAUGGAUUCCCCCUUCCUGCGGGAUGUUAGUGUAGAGAGAACACACAUCUAAUGUAGCUAAAAUUGCUUCAUCACAUUUCUUGGGUAACUUUAACUACGAAAUUGUCCUAUAAUGCAUUGCGGUUUGAUAAAACCGACAGUGGGCCAACCGUUGCCCGAAUGUUGGCCGGCCAACAGUUUUUUCGGGGAGCUGUUCUUUACUUUUUCCAGAUAUUGUGCACUUGGGAAGAUAGGACUUGAACUCAAGACAACUCGACUGUUUUGAUAUUUAUGAAUUUUUUAAUUUUUAAUCAGUGCACCCAGUUCAACAGCAGCUGCUGGAGCUUCAAGCAGUGUACCCCAGUUAACUUACAGACAACUUGAAGAGCUUAUAAAUAAGGUAUGCCUUUUUAUUUGACAAAAAUAAGCCACUGUCUUCUUUAUCUGAACUGACCAUAAUUUUGUGCCAUCACUGAAAACAACUUUCUGUGUUAGUGGGCUGUAGAGCUCGCAGACUAUGAAAAAACAUUCCUGAAUCAGGCAGAUCAAGUCAAUACAUGGGACAGACUUCUCAUGGAGAAUGGAGAGAAGGUGAGUGUAAGAGAUGUGAAUAAUAUUACUGUAUCAACCUACUUAUGACUGGACUCCAGAGUUGAAAACAUUUUCAAAGUACAUUGUAGCACUGUGAAUUACAUAAUCACACAAGGUGCUGUAUCAAUUUCUUAAGUGCAGAGAAAAGUACAAAUAUGCGAGUAGUUACAUGUAAGUUGAUUUAAUGAGGAAGGCUUGUAACAAUAUAAAUCUAUGGCCCUUAGCGCGACUUCUAAAAAAAGAUCUAAACAAUGGAUGAAGUUAUUUUUGUAUGUAACCUUUCAGAUCACUGAAUUGAAUGGCAGUGUGGAGAAUGUGAAAGCAGAACAGAAAAGGUGAAAAUGUGUCAAUAAAAAAUAUUAUUUUACCUUGUAUUAUAAAAAUUUACAUUGUCUUUCAAAUUUUUUCCCUUAAACCUGGUUUCCAUCCAAUGGUUUGUGUCAUUUUGAUCAUUUUGAUGUUAAAUGGGGAACUGGAUGUGUAUUUGGAAACCAGCUCGUAUAUUCUUCAGUUGUAUUCAGGAAAUUGCAAUAAUAUUGUCCUGAUCCUACCACACUGUAGGAGAGAUUUUCUUCAUGAUACAAACCGUAUGAACACAUUUUAAGAUGACUUUGGCCAUUGAACAAUCCUAAUGAGCAAAUGAAAAACAAUUCUUUGUGCAAAAUCGUGUUAUUUAAUACAGAAAAGUUUCUUACACAAUGUAAGCUAAUUUGGAAUUGUUUUGCAAACUAAUAGUGGUUGUCACUUUUGUCAAAAGUUAAUUUUCUUUUGUAUGCAACAGUGGCAGCAACCAAAUAAGGUCAGAAGUACAGACACAUGAUCAUCAGAAGUACAGACACAUGAUCAUGGUUUUGAUUAUACACAGAAGUGUGGUACCUGCACCCCCCAACCCCCAAUAAAGAAGAAGGCCUCUUUACAAUGAUGACCCCCCAGUGAUGAACUUGCUUGACAUCUGUGCUUUUUUAGAAGAUUAUCCACUGUAAAAUCUUUUGCCUUUUGUUAAUUCUUGACUUUAGACUUGACCAGGAGUUAGACUUCAUAAUGGCACAGCAACAAGAAUUAGAGGAAAUGUUGAAGCCUCUUGAAGAGGCUGUCAAUUCAAGUAAUCUGGGCAGCAGACAGCUCCAGCAGGCUGACAAGGAGAGAGAUUCCACGUGAGUGGAUUUUUAGAUAGGUGGAAUAGUUCCCCAGAAGCACACAAUUAAUUUUAAUAGACAUAUACCGCUGUUACUAUGCAUUUUUUUCCAGUAUAAAGUCACUGGCAAAACAGUGUACUCUCAAAUGUUGACAGCUAUUUUGUUUCCAUCUUGUAACUAAUCUACUAUUAACAGAAAACAGAUCACUAAAUGACAAGUUUCUCCCGAAACUGAUGAGAUCUGCUGCUCUAUCUAGCAAUGACAUUUAUUCAGAUUUUCUUUUAUCCAAAACCUUCAUCAACUCUUCCACAUCUAUUCCCACAGGUUGUUCCUGACAAUUCUACAGUUUUUUUGUUGCUUAUCCCCCUUUGUGCUUGACUUAUAAGAGACAAUUAACUCUUUUAAAACCUAGUUAGCUUAGUUAGCUAGCUGUGGCUUGUUGAACCCCGCAGAGGCCAGCAGGACCAGUGACCAACCAGGUUCUUUAAAAAACUGUUAAAAUCAUGCUGGCUGUGUUUAAAAUCCUUUCUCAGUUGAGAUUAUCGCCUCGUUGGUGGUGACGUUGGCCUUGUCUUCUUCAGCCUUCUUUAACUAGUUAAUUCAAAGAGAACAGAAAAGAAACCACGCUACUGUUUGAAAAGAGUAAAGGAGGUAACUACCUCUACCUCAGUUAUCGUUUCAUUAAGUAAUAGACCACACUUUCUAUGGGUUUACCGGCGUGAUAACCCACGCAGGAUAUUGGGAGAACGCGAAAAUAGCUUGUAAAUCGAUCGCCUUCGGCUCGUGAUUUACAAGCUUUUUCUUGUUUUCUCCCAACAUCCCAAGUGGCUUAUCACGCCGGUAAACCCAUAGAAAGUGUGGUCUAUUGCUUUUAUAAAAUAACUUUAAGUUUUCUAUGAGUUUACCGGCACAAUAAACCAUAGGUUUUUAACCAAUCAGAACGCGCGUACUAUCAUAUUUAUUUUAUAAAAUAUCAUAAGUAUCAUAUGUUGGGUGGAAUACGGUAAGCUCAUGGAAUGGACCGAUAAUGACAGCCAGUGGUGCCUGUGUAAGUUAAUAUCUGAGGUUACCCUAAAUAUAUAAUUUGAAGAGGAUAUGUUUUAUUGUAUUCUCAUUUAACAUUCAUUACAUCACUAACAAUGUUUGAAGAAUUGAUCUUGGACAUCUCGGAAUUCUUUAAUUUUUAGCUUUAAGUUGGCAAAAGACAUUGACGGACAGUUGAAACAGAUGGUUCAGGACUUGAAGUCGAUCAUUGAUCAUCUCAACACUGCUAAUACACAACAGCAGGACAAUGAAGACCCGGUAAGAACUUCAGUCACUCUUGAUAUGUUACAAUGGUACCAAAGCAAAGAACAGUGGUCUGAAUUUGGAAUCUGGUUUUUUGUUUUCAAAGUCAUUUCCAUACGAGUCGUUUCGAUACGACCUCAAGCACUGAGAUUACACGAAAACUUUGAUCAUUUGAAGUAUAGUUUGCACAUUUGGGGUGAAUAUUCUUCGUUCUUUAAGCCAAGUACGUGAAACUGUUUACACCUCGACUGAAUAAACUUGUAUGGAAACGACUUUGUAAGGAAGGAGAUGGGAAAAUGGCGUCGCCCCCUCCCCCUUAAAAAAAAAAGAUAAAAUAAACAAAAUAGUCUCCACCAAGAUUUGAUUGAGGGGAGGAGGCAUUGAGAUGUACACAUGCCAGGCGUUAUCGCAACAUGUGGUGAUGAGCAGUGAAAAUGUUUUAUUAAAGAAACCCUACAGCUUUCUCAUCAUCAGUGUAACAUAGUUUUAAGAAAUCACCCUUUUAUAUAAAUCGCGCGCGAGAAUAAGAAAUCGUUGCAUUACAAUACUCUGCCAACUUAACAACUCGGGACAGAGUUUCGUUCCAGAGUGAACCUCGUACUGCAUUCACAUGAUGAAAUCGAACAGCUCAGCCUUAGACGUUCUGGCUUGCGUAGCUGGCUUGCGGGGUUUUCUCGCCAGAUUAAAUAUGCAUGCGCCACUCGCUCCAGAGUACAAUAUUGCGAUUUUCAAUCCGGAACAAAGUUCGUUUUCAGUUUACAUGCUACCAGAAUGAAAUUCGUACCAGAGCGAGAAUCUCGUUCAGAAUGAAAACCGGGAUGAACUCAUUCUGGAAUGACUUGUACGGGAACAAAAUUUUGUCUCGGUAACAUUUGAACAGAGGCAAAGAAAUAUAAAGAAUGAACUUGUUCCGGAAUGACAUGAAAGUCACUCUGAUGUCAGGUAAACAGCCGCUAGAUACUAGAGAAAAUCUGUUCUUCGAAAAUUAGCGAUGGCGCUGAAUAACAGGGUUCGUGAUUACUUAUAAAUACUGCAAAUGCAGUACUGCUGAUUUGAAAAGAAACUGAUUAAAGCUAACAGUUUAAGCUUCCCGUUUUCGUUGCAGAUUGCACAGAUUGCUAAAAUAUUAAAUGCUCACAUGAACUCUUUACAGUGGAUUGAGCAAAAUUCUGGUAAGUUGGUUCUUUUAGAAAUGAUGUGAUUUUUUGUCUUUUUUCUCUCAACAUUGACAACUUCCUAACCUAAGAUCAGGCUCAAUUUUCGUUUCGUUUUGUAAAUAACAUUCCGGCGGGCAGGGUGAAACGAAAAGAUUUUAGCGGUAGCCGUGGGGGUGCCUGAUCUCAGGUUAACAACUUCCCAUCUUUUUUAAAGUAACUUGUAAUUUGUCCGUGUCGUAUUUCAAUUUUUGAGUCCACUACUAGGAAAUUUCCCACUGAAGAAGAUUUGGGGUCUGUUUACAGACGUUGUUUCAUUUUUUUUCUCCAACCUCACCCCCUUGGGCUAGCGUUUAAUAAACCCUCCGCGGUUUCCAUUUCCGUACACGCGCUGUAAAGAGAAAAAACGAUCUGCGAACAGACAAAAAGAUUUGUUCCUUGUGGUUUUGAAAAGUUUUAGGCUUGCAGCGGCGAGCACAAAUAUAUUUUUCUUUUUAUUAGGAUUUCUUCAGAGAAAAGUCGAUGAGAUCGCCAGACUCAGUGAGACACGAAGAAAAGAACAAGAACGAAACUUCCGAUUGGUGAGUUUAGAAAGAGGAAGUAGCAAUCGUGGCGCGGUGGUGGGAGUAGCACUCGCCUGCCACCUGGUUCGAGUCCCCGUGUGGACGCUAUAUGUGGGCUGAGUUUGUUUUGGGUUCUUUUUUCUACUCAGCCUGAGAAGCAGGCGUUCGAAAGGAAAGGGGAAGAGAAUUUGCGCGCGAGGGAGAAGUGAGGAGAGAUUACCUCCCCCCUUGCACGUACUGCGCGCUUUUCGCGCGUCCGAAGUCCCCUUUACCUUUCCUUCGGAAAAGCUGCCACGUAGGCUCUUUUCUGCUCGAAGAGGUUUUUUCCCUGCUACUCACCUUUUUGUUCUUCUCGAAAACAAACACUGUUAAAUUCUUAUCCAAGUGUCUCAAAUUAGUUGGGGACGCAGGUUUCUGUGUAACUGUCAGGUGUUAUCCAUCCUCUCUAAAUAACGUCAGUUUGGUUCGGUUUGGUUCCCUUUGGAAAGUCGUAGCUUGAGAAACCAGCCGACAUUUCAUUCCAUACUGAUGACGUGUCACUAUACAGAUCUGGGUAGUGCUUCUGAUUGGUUGGAAAUUUGUGUCAUCCAGUCAGAAGCACUACCCAGGUCUGAGUAGUGAUACGUCAUCAGUAUGGAAUUUCUACGCUCGUUUCACAGACGUCAUUUCGCGGGGAAACCCACCUGUGGCGUCGCAGAAUGUCGGCUGUCUUCUCACGCUAGGAAAAGUCGUGGAUAAGAAUUUUUUUCGACAUACAGAAAAUCAGGCAGUUAUAAUCUUCGGGCCACAAAAGAGCCGAGAUUAUUAUUAAUAUCGUCUCCCAUGCAGAUGAGAUGUUGUUAGGGUUCUUAACGUUCGUGGAGAGGGAACGUGUGACGAAACCCCGAGAAUCUCUUUUAUUAAUUGAUUAAUUUAUUUAUUUAUAACAAUUUAAUGGCACCAAAUUGCAAUAUCAAAAAUUAAAAAGUUUUAAAAAUAAAGAAAUAAAUAGAAAAAAUCCCACAGGGAUAAUCUGUAAAAGAGUGGAUGAGAGACUAUGAAUAAUAUGAAUAAAAACGUUUCGAUCCAAGGAAACCGUUCUAUAUGCAAUCGAGUUUGAUGCUCUAAUUCCCGUGGGAAAUUAACAGGAGGAUAGAAAGUAAAGAAUACUGAAAGGUGAAGUCAGUUAGAGUGGUUUCGAUAUCGAGGGUGGUCGGAUGUGCGUUUUUUUUUUUCACUUUAAUGAUGACACCCCUGCGAGUUUCUUUUGUUCUUAAACUUAUCUUUUAUCUUUUUCUUUUCCUCACAGGCGUUUGACUGAGGAUUAAUCAUGCAGGAUCAUUCAUCCAGCACAACAACUAGUGUCUUGUACAGAAAAGCCGGCCUCUAGCAGUGUUAUAGUAGCCGGUUGUCCAUAACGUAGUUUGCUUUCCAGUCCAAAAAAUAUAUUAUCUUUAAAAGAAUAAAAACCUAACAACCUAGUAAAUUGCACAAUAAACUGAAGCUAAUUCAGAGCUUUUGUUCUGCAUACGCCAAACUUCGUCGACCGUCUUUCAACCAACAAUGAGGGAGUUACCAGCUGUAAGAAAUUUGAGUGAAUGGUAGAAUUUGGGG